AUGCCCUCCACUACAAUGAAAUCAGUACCCAGCCGCUUCCCCUUCAUCGAGGCAUUCUCACAGGCUGUCUCUUCUCAGGAGAGAUCCGGCCAGCGCGCAAGCACGCUCAUACCCGCAAAGGUUCUGGUCAACCUCUCUGGCAAUGUCCACCGCGACCUCAACUACGUCUCCCGGCUGCAGGAGGACGUAGAUGAGACGCUCAAAAGCUGCUCCCAGUACCACACGACCUGGAUUCAAGAGGUGCGCCGCGACGCAUCCCAGGCCCUGCUCGACUUCAACUCAUACCUCGAGCACAAGAUGCCCGCCAGCAACAACGGCGGCGCGCCUCUCAAAAUCACAAAAGUAAUAAAGAACAACAAAAAGAUGGCAAGUCUCGAGAGAGAGUUGAGUGCCGCGCAUGCCGGCCUGGUGGGUAUUAUGGGCUUUUUGCAGAUGCUAGGGCUGAAGAGCGGAAAGUUGUUGCUCGAUCCCACUCAGGCCCUAUAA